AUGAGCAAUAGCUCAUUCGUUAGAACUAGAAGGAAAGGUGUCAACUAUGGUACCACUUCUAGAAACUUAAUACAAGAUAAAAAUAAAUUUGAUCCCAUUGGCAAUAAACAAAUUCUUAAAAAACAGAAUACAAAAGACAAAUUGAAAGAAUCCUCUGAUGAAGAAAAUGACGAUGCUAUAGUAUCAGGCAGUAAUUCAACCCCCCAA